AACAAAGAGGAGCAUGUCCGCGGAAGCGACUACGGUGCUGCUGAAGAAGAGGGAGAGGACGCAGAAUUGGAUCCCCGAGGAGAAGAACGCCCUGUUCACGCUGAUCAAGCAUCACGUGAACGCGAUCGAGAACAAGAAGAUCGACGCGGCUGCGUCCGCGAUGAAGUCCCUCGCCUGGCAACAGAUCUAUUGCGCAUUCCGCGGCAGAUUCUCGGCCGAUCGGGAUAUCACCAGGAUCAGGGAACAAUGGCGACGGAUGAAGGCGCAGGCGAGAAUGGAGAUGUACACGUACGCCGAAAAGGUGCGAACUUUGGGACCGGAAGCGGCCGUCAAGUCCCAACCGUCGAAUCUAUCGAUCGAGGUAUGGCGAUUGAUGGAGAGCGUGCGUAAGAACGAUUGCGAGGCCGAUCGUUCGGACGACAGUAGUCAGGAUAAUGAAAAUCCGACAAAUCGGACGGCGAUACACGCCAUACUGGAUAAAUUGACGUUACCCACGCCGGAGACGUCAGGUUGGCCUUUCGGACGCGGUUUUCGAGCGACUCCUCGUUACUUUCGAAAUUAUCAUUAUAUCCAAAAUUAUCGAGACGAUUAUUUAGGGCAGGGGCACGAGAUUAAGAUAGAGGUCAACAGCGAUACGGAGGACGAGAACAGCCGCGGUGAAUUGUCGCAAAAACUGUCGGAUGACAGUUUCUUGCCGCAGAAUAAACGUUCCAGGAUUGCGACGGAGGACGAGCCCGUAGAUCUUGUCGAACAAAAAACCACUUGCCCCGAUAGCGUAUCGACGUCCCGCAUUGACGAUGCGACAGAACGCAACGAUGCGAGGAACGAGUUAUCCUCCGCUUCCGUGGGUUGGAACAACCAUCUGGUCUCGUCCGACAAAGACAAAUCGGUGCAGAGAGCCAUGUGGAUCUUCAAGUCUACGCAACGCGAGCACGAGAUCAAAUUGCGGAUGCUGCACAUCGAGCUGGAGCGCGCUGAGUUGCAAAAGCAAACUGCCAUCAAUGAAUUGAAAACAUCCGAGAUCAAGAAGCAGCUGAUGGAAGAUCAAGCGGCCGAAUACUAUAGUCACGUAAGAAUGUCUGGAGAACGUGGUUCCGGUGCUGGAAAAGGAGGUGGUGGUGGUGGUGCUAUUCGUGAUGCUGGUGGUUCCUUCGGAAAGAUGGAAGCUGCCCAUGAAGAUCAAUACUUUUACAAUCUGCAAAAGGAACAAUUACAAAAGAUGCGGGAGAGCCUCCAUGAUGAAAUCUCAUUCCACGAGGAACAGAUUAAGCGUCAUCAGGAAGCUAUAAAUCGUCACAAAAAACGAAUUACAGAUAUGGAGCGGAAAGAGUGAAUGCAUGAAGAAAUUUUAUUAGCGUGAUAUUUCUGAUUUUGGCAAUACUAUUAAUUUCAAUAUAAAAAGAUUGGAAAUAGUAGAAAUAAUAGAAUAUCGCAGCAUUUCUUUUCCUAUGUACAAAAUGUUAAAAAAAUAUUAAAUGAAAUGCUCUUAAUUAACAUUAUUUAAGCAUAAACUCAUAUUGAAUAUUAUAUAGAUUGGUUACCUUUUUGGAGAGACUAUCGUAAAUGGUCUUUGUACUUUAAAUGUCUGAAAGACAGUUAUAUACUUAAGAAUAAAACGUGUUUUUCAUUAUUGUUUAA